CCGGUCCCAUCGCGCCCCGCGCCCCGCAAUGCCGCCCUAGGGGCUGGCGCCUCCCGCGGCACCGGCACCGGCGGGCUGGGCGCGCUCCGGGGCCAUGUCGGGUCACGACGGCGGCAUGUCGAGUCGCGACAGCGUGCAGAUCCCCGACGACCGGGACUUCGGGGCGUUCCGGGCGCAGUGCGAGUCGGAGCGCGGCUGGAGCCUCACCUACAGCAAGGGCGGGGUGGGGGUCUGGGUGCAGCUGCUGGAGCCCGAACGUGCCCUCCACAAGAUCAAGGUGAGAUCUCCCGCCCUGCACACCCUGGUACACGGCACUUCCCAGGUGGCACCAUCUCCUCUCCUGCUGCGACCCCCCUGGCACUCCCCCAGGAUGAUGGAGUGCAGGGACGUGCCAGCGGAGACGCUCUACGACGUGCUCCAUGACAUCGAGUACCGCAAGAAGUGGGACACCAACGUCAUUGAGACCUUUGACAUCGGGAGACUGACGGCCAACUCCGAUGUGGGCUACUACGCCUGGAGGUGUCCCAAGCCCCUGAAGAACCGGGACGUGGUCACACUCCGCUCCUGGCUGCCCAUGGGCUCUGACUACAUCAUCAUGAACUACUCUGUCAAGCAUCCUAAGUAUCCCCCCCGCAAGGACAUGGUGCGGGCUGUCUCCAUUCAGACAGGUUACCUGAUCGAGGGGACAGGAGCCAAGAGCUGCACCAUCACCUACCUGGCCCAGGUGGACCCCAAAGGUUCUUUACCAAAGUGGGUGGUGAACAAAUCCUCCCAGUUCCUGGCCCCCAAGGCGAUGAAGAAGAUGUACAAGGCAUGCCUCAAGUACCCUGAGUGGAAGCAGAAGCAUGACCCUCACUUCAAGCCCUGGCUGUUCCCGGAGCAGAGCCGGCUCCCAGCCCUGGCCCUCUCCGAGCUCUCCCUCCAGCAUGCGGAUUCCCUGGAAAACAUUGACGAGAGCUCCCUGGCCGAGAGUAAGGAGGACCGUGGCGAGGGCAGCGACGAGGACAGCCUGACCUGAUUCCCCUGGGAGCUCCUCUUCUUGUUCCCCUGGCUAGGACAGCCUGACAUGACCCCCCCACUGGGGGCUCCUCUCCCUAUUCCCCCACUUCAAACAUGGUUUGUGUCUCUAUCUCACACACCUGUACACAUGCACCCCCACUUUGGGUUCAGGGGGACACCCCCCCCCCCAUUGUUGUACCCCUAUUUGGGGACAGCAGGGACAUAGUGGGUCCCCCAGGGUGAGAAGUUAGGGGUUGUCUGGUCGCUUAGCCCUUGUGGGACACUAGUGUUGUCCCUAUAGGUGGGAAACCCAAAGUGACCUUCAGCUUUUGGGGGGGCAGAGGAAAAGGGGGGCUCUGUGCCUGCUUCUCAGCCCUGGAGACCCUUCCACUGCACUCCCCCUUUGCCCCCCAUUCUUGUUCCCCAUCUCUGUUACGGUCCAACAGAACUGCCUUCAUCCCAUGGGAUCCCCACCCCCAGCAGACCACCAGGGGGUGCUUGGGCACCUGCCUGCACCUCUGGGCAUGCAGAGGGGUUUGGGGGGCUUCGGGCACCUCCUGGCAUGCUGGGAAGGAGGGCCUUUGGGGUUUUUUGGCAUCUUCAAGCAUGUAGAGGGGAAGCUUCUAGGCUCCUGGCACCUCCAGCAUGUUGGAGGGGAUGUUGGGGUCUUACCUUCAGGCACGUGGGAGGAGUUGAGGGGCUCAUGGCACCUCCAGAUGUGCUGUGGUGGGUGUUUUGGGGGCUCCUGGGAUCUCCAUUCAUGUUGGGAGGGGUCUUACGGAGUCUCAACGUUUUCAGGUUUGUUUGGGGGAGGCUUUGGGGUAAGCUCGCACCUCCACUGGUGUGCCCAGUGUCUCUGGGGCCUCCCAGCAUCUUCAGGCAUGUUGAGAGGACUUGGGGGGGGCUCCUGGCACCUCCCGGUGUUCUGUGGGUCUCUGAAGGCUCCUGUCCUGUCCCCUGCCUUUCUAGGAUGGGGAUCCUUUCCAAGCUGGGUGCCUGUACCCUUCCUCCGCUGGAAUUUGAGGCCUUGACUGGGGGUUUGGGAGCUGGUCUUUGGCCAUGCCCCUGCCCCCUCCUUUUCUGGGGGUGCACAGAGACAUGGGAGAUUUUGUACCUUGUACCAGAGCUGAUUAUUUAGGAAUAAAAUAAUUGAAUCUGG